CUCUCCCCCUCUCCCUCUCCCUCCCUCCCCCCUCCCCAUAGUUGCAUAUCUCUGAGAAAUAAAAAUACCAAAUUAUUUCAACUAGGAAUCUUCUUCCAUCUUACACCAUGACAGACCCCCACUGCAAUUUCUUCAAAGGGUGGUUCAACUUCAUGCCACUCCAGCCCCACUUCCCUCCCUCCAUCUCUCCCUAUCCUGCUCAUGCCUGCAACAACUUGUACUCACAAUCUCAAACCCCACCUCCUUCACCCCCUCUGAAAGAAGCUCUUCCCCUCCUCAGCCUCAGCCCAAUUAGUAGAAGACAAGAUGAGCCUCAAGUACUUCCAUGCAGUAGUGCAAUGGAAGAAGAAGAAAAAGAAGAAGAAGAAGAAGACAAAAUCAAGACCAGAGAUAAGGCUCAGAGCCUCUUCUCAACAAGUGCUUCUGAUGGUGAUGAUAAAAGAACGGUGACAGUAGCCCUACAUAUUGGACUCCCUAGCCCUAGUUCUGAUCUGGUGGGCUCUAGCCUACCCUCCUCAACAGAGAUGAGUAUUGAUCAGGAUCAAGGAAUCCUUGGAGCUUCAGGGUGCCCCUUCAACAGAGUCAACAAUGGCCAGUACUGGAUCCCUACUCCCUCUCAGAUUCUCAUUGGCCCUACACAGUUUUCAUGUGCUGUUUGCUGCAAAACCUUUAAUAGAUACAACAACCUCCAGAUGCAUAUGUGGGGACAUGGAUCUCAAUACAGAAAAGGACCGGAAUCCUUGAGGGGAACACAGCCAACAGCCAUGCUAAAGCUCCCAUGCUACUGCUGCUCACCAGGCUGCAAGCACAACAUAGAUCACCCAAGAUCAAGGCCACUCAAAGACUUCAGAACCCUCCAAACCCACUACAAAAGAAAGCAUGGAAUAAAGCACUUCCUCUGCAGAAAAUGCAAUAAGCCCUUUGCUGUGAAAGGAGACUGGAGAACCCAUGAGAAGAACUGUGGCAAAGUCUGGUACUGCAUCUGUGGUUCUGAUUUCAAGCACAAGAGGUCUCUCAAAGACCACAUCAAGGCCUUUGGCCGAGGCCAUGCAGCCAUUGGCACUGACUUUUUUGAUCAGGAAGAGGAUGAUCCUGCAUCUGAAAUUGAACAUGAUGGAGAACCCUCACCCUCAGUGUGAUAUAUAUAUAUAUCUUUAUGAUCAUUUAGUUGCUUUGGGAGCAAGUAUUCAUCUUAUGUUAUGAGUUUAUGUAAAUCCACCCAUUGUUUUUGAAUGGAGUGUGGAUAUAAGAACAAAGCUCUUUUUCUUUUUUUUUGGGUUAUAUAUAUAUAUAUAUAUGUUAGGUUUAGAUGUAUGGUUUAUAAGCAUCCAUGACAAACAAAAUUUGGAGACAAAACCCUAGUGUACUUGAUAUUAAUACUAAUAUUAGAACCUGUUUGGGAG